AAAGAAGAUGGCGGCGCCCUGUGGCCGGUGAGGAGGGAGGACACGGGGAACUCGGAGGCGGCCAGACGUGGGCGUCAUGGCCGCAGCCCCCCGCACUCUCUCCUCACGCCUCCUGACAGGUGGGGUAGGAGGAUGUGUCUGGCGUCUGGAGAGGAGAACUGUGCAGGAAUCCCCUCACAAGUUCUUGCACCUUUUCAGGACUGCCAAUAAGCGGUGGCUUACAGUUCAACGGUUCAACUUUCUGAAGCGCUUGUAUGUCACACAACUGAACAGAAGUCUGAAUCAGCAAGUUAAACCAAAGCCAGAACCAGUGUCAUCAUCUCCUUUACUUGAAAAAAUCUCUUCAGAUGAAGGCAAAGCUGAAAUAUAUGAGAUGAGACCUCUUUCAUCCCCAAGCCUAUCUUUGUCCAGAAAACCAAAUGAAAAGGAAGUGAUUGAACUAGAAUCUGCUUCAAUAAUUGAAAGCACCGUAGAAGUUGGACAACAGAGAGAUGAAAAUCAGUGGAAAGAGAUGAAGCUACAUGUGGACAGUUUACCAGGAAUUUUGGCUCGACUCUCCAAAAUAAAACUCACAGCUCUCGUUGUCAGUACCACUUCAGCUGGAUUUGCAUUGGCCUCAGGACCUUUUGACUGGCCCUGUUUUCUGAUCACUGUUGUUGGGACGGGCCUUGCAUCAUGUGCUGCCAACUCCAUUAAUCAGUUGUUUUUCCUGGAAGUGAAUGAAUAUCCCUCACUGCUGGCCAAAAUGAAAGACUUCUUUCCUGUCAAUCUUCCUGAAAACCCGUUGCUGGCAGUGUCCUUUGCCACUUGCUGUGCUGUUCCAGGAGUUGCCCUUCUCACCUGGGGGGUGAAUCCUCUCACAGGUGCCCUGGGGGCUUUCAACAUCUUUCUGUACACUUGCUGUUAUACGCCACUGAAGAGGAUCAGCAUUGCCAACACGUGGGUCGGAGCUGUGGUUGGGGCCAUCCCACCUGUCAUGGGCUGGACAGCAGUUACUGGCAGCCUGGAUGCUGGUGCACUCCUCCUCGGGGGCAUCCUCUACUCCUGGCAGUUCCCUCACUUUAACGCCCUGAGCUGGGGCCUGAGGGAGGACUACUCGCGCGGUGGCUACCGCAUGAUGUCCGUCACCCACCCCGGCCUCUGCAGACGCGUGGCCCUGCGCCACUGCCUGGCGUUGACGGGGCUCUCGGCGGCAGCACCCGCACUGGGCGUCACCACGUGGGCCUUCCCCGUCAUCUCCCUGCCCAUCAACCUCUACAUCGCCUACCUCGGCCUCCGCUUCUACGUGGACGCCGACCGGAAGAGCUCCAGGAAGUUGUUCUUCUGCAGCCUGUGGCACCUGCCCCUGCUCCUGCUCCUCAUGCUCACGUGCAAGCGGCCAGCACGGGAGGAACAGGGCAAGGGAGAGACGCAGAGCUGAAGUCGCUGUCAGCGGGGAGGUGCAGAAGGACACGUGGGUAGUUUGCCUCUGUGACUGGACAGAGGUAGUUUGGUGAUUUGAAGGAUGAGAAUAGAAAUUACGGGGUUUGGUAUAAGACUGUAAACUAAUUUGGUGCUUAACGAUAGGCUGACAAUCUUUUCAAUGAUAAUAUCCAAAAUGUCCCCCAAAUAAGCAGUGGAUCGACUCAGUAUCUGAGUGCAAAGAGAGAGUAUCUUUCUUUAUGGGCUGUAUACUCUCUCCCGUCAUUCCAUCCCCAUCGCUCGGCUUUCUCCUUGCAUAGAUGUACAUGUAACCACCUCCCACCUGCCUUUGUCAGCUGUGGUGGUAACUGGCCCACAGACGAGGUAAGUGCUCUGCUCUUGAUAGUCCCAGUUUGUGUCCACAGGCUGUCACCAAGGAAAAUGGAUGCUGCCACCACUGUAGCCCCUGGCAGCUUCCAGCUUAUCCAUUACAUGUGUUCUCCAGCAGUCAGUUUCCCAGGUGAUACAAGGCCAGGGAUAGGCUGCCACAGGACCUGUGGAAGUAGAUUCCAAAGGGUUUCCUUGAGAAUCUCACCUGAACUGCCAGUCCCCGCCCAACACCCACCCCCACCCUGCCCCGCCCCUGCCAUUAUGUAAUUAGCAUUUCAAAAACUCCAAGGAAUCAAAGGUUUCUUUCUGAUUGAGUUUACAAUAUUGAAGGUAUCCUAAGCAUUUCUUUUGAAAGAGACAGCAUAUCAUACCAGUCUCUGAUCCGUGCCUCUUCCUACAGACACCCUCUGUAGAGGGUCAAUUCUUGUAUAGCUUUCAGUGAAGAAGAGAAAGCAGAAAAAAAGGUGAGCUGGCCUAGCCAGCGUGCAUAACCCCCAUUCUUUUCCCAUUAGUGAAAAACACAUUUCCAAACUGCCGUCUUCUGAAAUCAGACGUAAAAUUCCAUGUAUCCAGUGGUCUUAAGAGCCAGAAAGUGGAGUCGCACUCCUGAUGGACAGGAUUGUAAGUGGACUUGGUCUCACAUGCACUUGUCCUUUGGGUAUUCCCCUGUGUCUGCUGGCAAGUCCCAUUUGCCUUGAAGCUUGACAGGAUGUGUGAAUCACUCAUUCUUCAGGCCACUGCUUCCAUGUAGGAAUUCAUUUGGGGGGUUUCAUUGUAAUAUGCUUAUCUAAAAACUCUGUAAAGCAAUUGCAGAUAUCAGUCCCAGUUUCUCCUUGUCAGAGAUGUUGUCUCUGGGCUGUAUGCAGGUUAUUUGCUGUGGGAACAUGGCAUACAAAUGUCUGGAAAAACACCUGCAACUUAAUGCAGUGCAGCCCUUAAAUUUGAUUAGUUCUGUUUUCCUGCUGCAAUAAAAACCAGUACAUAAAA